UUUAAUUUAUUCAAUUGCAGAGGAAUACUUAUUUCUAAUAUCUAUAUUGAGUAAACUUUAUGUAAGUAAGUGUAAAAAUGUUGAUUUGUUUUCGGACAGUGAACUAAUUAUAGGGGGAAUAAUUCUUCUUGCGAUUUCUUCUAUAUUUUGUACAAAGGUUUAUUUUAUCACAACACAACGGAGUUGUUGCAAAUGUUUUGAUACAUCAUAGGAAAAUGAAAAUGUACUUUUUAUUUAAUUGUUGAUUUCAUUUCUUUGCAGAUUGCAUAUUAACAUAAUUUUACCAAACUUGCUGUUCAAAAAUUAUUUCAAAGUUCACGUCAUUACCUCCAAGUGGAAAAAUGCAACCAAAGAUUCCACUUAUUCUGUCAAGGCCACACGUGUGGUCUCAUAAUACUAAUUAUGUUGGUGCAGUCGGUCUACACAGUGAAAAUAGCUCAGCUGCACGUGCUCGAACACUUAGUAUAGACAAACGUUUGAAUAAAGUCAUAUCUGUGCUUAAAGACAUGGAACGAAAGGAUAUCCAAAAGAUUGAAAAAUCUAAACGAGACAUUCAGAACUCUAUGUUAGCAUACACUGAAAAAAUGAAACAAAUAAAUGCUUCUAAGCGAAAAACUAUUCAAUCCCCCGAACAAUCAGACUCCAAUAGUAGUAAUUCGACAUCAACACUUGCCUCACCUGGCAGUUCUCCAGGAAGUGAUAAAUAUUCACCAAGAACACGUAAUGUAUCACCGGUUAAGAGUCGCAGAGUGUCUCUUCCAAAAAUUGGACUUAACACACCAAGAAACAUCCAUAAGAGAAGACUGUCUAGUGUUUCCGACAGUGAAGCAUUGCCUAAUUCAUUAAGUCAAAGCAGAUCACGAUUAUUGCAAGAGACCUCUUCAAGAUCGUUUACUUCAAGUUUUAGUGAAAAUAAGGAAUUUGAUAAACAGAAGAAUAAAUCAGAAGAUAGUGAAGAUAACCAUAUUGAAAUAAGUCCGUUUCCGUAUGAAUCUUUUGAUUACGAUAACUUGAAAUAUGGCAAUAAUGACAACCCUACUAUUUCGCAAAGGGAUCGUCUACACAGAAAAAGAAUCAACUAUAAGCACUUUAAAGAUGAAAAAGAACUUGAACGUCAACGUAUACUUAUGAAGAAAAAACAAUUACCCGAAAGUGACCCCUUUGACCACAGGAAAGAAAUUUUACGUCAGCAGGCGGAAAAUAAACGCGCUGCACUACUUUUAGAGAAAGCAAGACAAGAGGCAGUGAAAAAUAAGAAAGAUGUAUGUAAUUCUUUCUGUUACUCUUUUGCAAUGGAAGAAUUGAUGAAAAAGUCGGAUCCACUGGCAUACAUUGCUUCAGAAAAGGACUUCAUAUCUAAAGUAGAAGUUGAUAAAAAUGGUACAAUUAAACAAACACUCGGUCCUGCUGUGUUGACAAUCAUUGGUGUUGAUGAAUUAGAAAAUUUUCAGGGAAUGAGAAUAAAAUGGUCCGCAAAAUACCGUUCACAUAAUAUAGAAGAACAUGAACAGUCUGGAGAUAUUUUUCUUCCACCAAUAACAGUUGGAGGACAAAAACAUAAUUUUUCACGGGAGACCACGCGGGAACAUGACAAUCUCCAUAUUCAGAGACUAGAUACUCAGUCAACCAUAUCAAAAAAGAAACAAAAUAGACGGCGAAAACGCAAGGCUUCUAUGUCUUCCAAAGGAUAGAUUAAUUGUGAUAUAUGAUUGUGUAUUGAAUCUCAUAUUUGCCAAUAAAUAUAAAGUAUGGAA